AGAAAUUGUUUUCUUGUCUCUACUGAACGAUAUCGUGAGGCUUAUCAUCUACCGAAUUGAUAGUAUACAAACGUUAUUAUGUUUUACCCGGGAGAAAAUCGUCCUACAUCAGUAGGUUAUAGAUUGAAAUCUCGUUCCAGUGAAUUCCAUCAGAAUUGCACGCCGAAAGAGAGAAGGACUGUACAAAUAAGAGAAGCGGAAAAACCUGUUACUGAGGCUGAAUUGUUGAAGGCGAACUUCGUUAAUCAGGAUAAGAUUCAUAGAGAGACUGUAGACCAAGAGAAAAGGGGCGCUAAACAAUGGGAAGAAAAUUGGGGUUUCCUAACAGAAUUCGAUUCGAAAGGGAAUCCAAUAAAGAAAGAAGAAUUGCCAGAUAAGGUUACAUUCUACUCUGAAGAUAUUCCACCCACUAACUCGGCCAAUUAUGGAUCAAGACUGAAAACCGAUGUUGGGACAACCGUUCAAAAAUUAGAGUUCGCUUUUCACGCUCACAAUAGAAAGAAAAAACUUGAUUCCGAAAUGGUCUGCUAUUAA